AUGGGACAACGCUUCAAUAAAUGCCACAACACAACACUUUUUAAGCAAAACCAACCAACGUAUGCGAACACCGAUCAACUCUUUCCUGAUCUUCUUCCGCUAAUAGUGGACGUCUGUCUUCCUCCACAAGCUAAUUCUACCAGCACAAAAGAUGAUUUUGCUGCUUGUCUACACGAGGCAGCAUGUGAUACAGUCGAUGCGAUUCUCAAACUUGCUACAAGUCUCUCAUUUCACACGCCUACAGCAGCUGGCCCUAAUGCAAGAAGUAGUUCAAGACCUCCGAUCUUCGUCUUAACUCCUGCCUUUCUACUCUAUGGUUUUUUAAGAGGUUGCCUGAGAAGAUGGAGAGUAGCCCAACUGACUAGGGAACAACAAGAACAUUAUUUAAGUGGCCUUCUAAAUCAUAUUGGAAGUCAGAUGUUCCAUUGUAUUCAAAACUGCUGUCAGACGGAUGCUAUGACCUGGACAACUCUCCGAGUUGUCCUCAAUCAGCUUCUCUUCUGGUUGGCAAAUUCUAGUGAGCUCAAGAACUUUCUCCACAACGAUGUGGAUUUUCAUGAAGCUUCGCAAAACUCCUGCCAACUUCUGUCUAAUUGUAUUGAUUCAUCAUUUCAUGGGUUGCGUCGAAACUUUCUUGAACUCGUUAAAAAUCUCUCCCCAAGUUUGCUAUUUCCUGGGGAUUAUGAUCAACAAGAUGAUGUACGAUUGGAUGACAGGUCACUCUCUCCAAACGAGAAUAUUCAACUGGCUAUGCCGGGAACUAUGGAACCACAUAUUCAGCAACUUCUGCAGAGUCUUGCUUUUAUGAUGCGCGGAAUGCGUCAGGCUUGUGUUAACGUCUCUUUUGCUCUUCAGUUCUUCGCUUACAUAUUCCAUGCAAUUGGAGCUUGGACUUUCAAUUCAAUUGUUCAGACAGAACUGAAAAAAAACAAAGGGAGCUUGUGGACAACAAGACUGGGAGCAGGUCGUUUGAUGCGUCGUCUGCAACGGAUUAAGCAGUGGGCAAGCAGACACGGACUUGGCAGCGCUUGCGAAAUUAAUCUUCUUUUACCCGUUCAGGCUUGCCAACUUAUUACCGCGGAUAGAUCCAAGUUCCGGCCAUUCCAGAUAAGAGUCCUGGAGUUGCGUUCUUUGAAUAGUGCUAAAGUGGAAUGGCUUCUGUCACAUCUUGGAGAUCCGCCGCCAUUGCCUUCAGAAUGGGUGAAAAAUAUUACAAAGAGCGUUAGACAGGUAUGCACAUUUAUUUGGACAUCCUGCACUUCAACUUGA